GACAAGCAAGGAAGAUAAAUUAUCCAACCGUAUCCAGAGCAUGCUGGGAAACUACGAUGAGAUGAAAGAAAUGAUAAGUGACCGACCUUUGCCGAUUGAGAUUCCCAAGCACACUGUUCCUCCCCCACCCUCGGAUGAUAAAUCUGGACAGGGUUUCUUUACGGAUCAGAGACUUAGUAACUCUCACCAGAGCAGUAAAUGGACUCCUGUGGGCCCAGCACCAAGCACUUCUCAGUCCCAGAAACGGUCUCAUCUAGUGCCCAGGGAGGACACAGCAGGAGUAGUGGUGGCAGCAGCAGUAGUCAAAGACAUGACAGAGAGUCUUACAGCAGUAGCCGUAAAAAAGGGCAACAUGGAUCAGAUCACUCUAAAUCUCGUUCCAUCAGUCCCGCAAAACAGUCUUCAUUAAAUUCUAGUCAUUCCCGUUCUCAUGGGAAUGAUCACCAUAGCAAGGAUCGUCCGCGCUCUAAAUCUCCAAGAGACCCUGAUGCUAACUGGGAUUCUCCUUCUCGAGCACCUUCGUUUUCAAGUGGGCAGCAUUCCACCCAGGCUUUCCCCCCAUCGCUAAUGUCUAAGUCUAGCUCAAUGCUGCAGAAACCUACAGCUUAUGUACGUCCCAUGGAUGGGCCAGAGUCUAUGGAACAAAAACAGUCUUCUGAACACUACAGCAGCCAGUCUCAAGGCAACAGUAUGAGUGAACUAAAAUCAAACAGCAAAGCACAUUUAACAAAGUUGAAGAUACCUUCCCAGCCUCUAGAUGCUUCUGCAUCCGGUGAUGUGAGCUGUGUGGAUGAAAUUCUUAAAGAAAUGACACAUUCAUGGCCUCCACCCUUGACAGCGAUUCACACCCCUUGCAAAACUGAGCCCUCUAAAUUCCCAUUCCCAACAAAGGAAUCUAACUUUUCCACUACUGAUCAAAAACGAUACAAUGCAUCAGCCAAAACUUCCAAUGGACAUCAGCCUAAAUCUAAUUUGAAAGAAGACUUGAAGCUAAGCAGCAGUGAAGAUAGUGAUGCAGAUCAGGACUGCGAUAAG